CCGGAAGUGUUGGUUUUCUGUUCCUCUUGACACGUAGCAGCAGAGCUUAAGAGAAAAUAGUGUAAAGAGGGCUUUAUACAGGGAGAUUGAAAUGUCAGGUUUUGACAACUUCAACGCAGAUUUCUACGAGUCAAGUUACAGUGUAGAUGACCAAGGACAGGCUUCAUAUGGCUACAGCAACACAGAGGACUCUUACAAUAAGCCAUAUGGGAGCUAUGGGUAUGGCCAGCAGGCAGGGUACAGUACCCCAGCCCCAGGCAUGAUGCAGCACCAGCAGCCCUACAUGGGACAGAUCUACCAACCCACACCAGCCUUCACACCAUCUUCCACACAGUCUAUGUAUGGCAGCAGCUUUGAGGAUGAGCCUCCACUUCUUGAAGAGUUGGGGAUUAAUUUUGACCACAUCUGGCAGAAGACACUGACAGUGCUGCACCCCUUGAAGGCAGCAGAUGGCAGCAUCAUGAAUGAGACAGAUAUGGCGGGUCCCAUGGUGUUCUGUCUUGCCUUUGGAGCCACGCUUCUACUGGCUGGGAAGAUCCAGUUCGGAUAUGUAUAUGGCAUCAGUGCCAUCGGCUGCCUGGGCAUGUACUGUCUGUUGAACCUGAUGAGCAUGACAGGAGUGUCCUUCGGUUGUGUCGCCAGUGUUCUGGGCUAUUGCCUCCUUCCCAUGAUCCUCCUGUCUGGUGUGGCUGUAGUCUUUUCCCUGCAAGGCAUGAUGGGAAUAGUUAUCACUGCUGUGAUUAUUGGCUGGUGCAGUUUUUCUGCGUCAAAGAUCUUCAUCUCAGCUCUUGCCAUGGACGGCCAGCAGCUCCUGGUGGCGUACCCGUGCGCCCUACUGUAUGGUGUGUUCGCAUUGAUAUCCGUCUUCUGAACUGCACAGUUGGCCAGGACACAACCAACGACUCAAAAUAGGACUAGUAACCGACGUCCACCCAUCCUAAAGUGUCAGAAAGCAAAGAUCGUUUGGCACAUUCCACCCCUGCCUACACGAAGGGAUGAACGCGAGUCUGCCGAAGCAAACACACCAGGCUUUCCCCAGGACCUCUGGGCAUGGCAGAUACUCUUAUGUUGAAAACAGAUGUAUUGUGCUUUUGUGAGAGUACAAUAAUUGCGCGAUUUUGUUUCUUUUCUGAGGUUUAUUACUUAAUGUGGCCUUUAGAAAUGGUUUUCACAGGUACCAUUAUUUGUGCAAAAAAUAGAAAUUAAAGUUAGAAUUUUUAUCAUCAGUGCUAAACUUCAAAUAUUUAUGUUCAUUAUCAUGUCUACUUUUUUCAUGUAGCUGGUUGCAUCAGCGUUGUCAAGAUCUCAGCAUGGGUGACUUUUUUUUUGUUAAUUCUAUAUUAAAUGGAGUGCAAUUUUUCAUACAUUUUGUUGGAAUGUGUCACAUUCGGUGUGCUAAGGAUGUGCAGAACCGACUGACCAAAGCACUGGGGUUGCCUUUGUGCCGAGUGAGAUCACAUCAGGCUGACACUUGACUGGGUGUUAUUUGUAGUAACAUAUGUGAGACAACAGGGGGCGAUGUAUGCUGCUCUGCAUAGCUGCAUACCACUAUAAACCCAUGUGCUGCAGGCCAUCAAUUUAAACUAGUUUAUAAUUUGCUGUUCGCUGUCCUCUGUGUGCCGCAUCGAUGAAGAGCACAGUAAUAUCGUCUUCGGUGUUCCUGGACUUCAUCCUAUCCUGUACAUGUUUGUUUAAAUAAAAUUCACUCCAGUCCACUGCAAAGAAUCUAUUUUAAUACUGGGGCAGAACAAUGGUUAAUGUCAUUGGCACUGUGAUUCAGACUGAUCAAAUGGGUGACCUGACUCUAACACCUCAGUGUUCAAAGCCUUUCUUUCCCAUUCCACUUGCAUUGUUCCUAUCUCAAAAGUAUAAAUAAUUUAGUAUGUUUUCUGUCAGCUCGGGCACUAGGUUGUGCUUUAUUGUACAUUCUAAUUUAAUCAAAUUAUUUCAAAGCACACUGCAGUUAAUGGUAAUCAUUUUGUGUUUUUCCAUUGUCCAGUCCCCCCUCAAUGCAGUUUUUGCUUAAGUUGGUGCACUUUACAUGAGCAGGAUCUAAAGUGUCAAUGAUGUGAAAAUUUUGCCACUAUGAUAUUAGUGUUUGUUAGGAGGAAGCAGUUGCCCAAAGUCUCAAUGUUUUCAUUUGCUUAAGUAAUACAGUAAAGUAAAAUGUUCAUUGUUUAUUUGAACUUAUAGCAUUGUAUACAGAUUUAUAUGCUGUACAAUUAACUUUGUAUGUCUGAAGUCCUAAAUGUUCUAUAUUGGUAUGGAACUUGAAAAUAAAAGGGUGGCAUAUCAUUUUUGUUUUGCCUCCCUUUUAUGGAUAUUAAUAAUACAUUAUCUUGUUUUGGUAGUCGUUUAAGGUAAUGUCAAACUGACAUUCUGGUCUUCCAGUGGCACAUGUGCAAUUUCUUUGUCUGAAACUCAUUUCAAAGAGGCCCAUUGUGUAUGU